UGGCCGCGGCAGCAGCAUUGGCGGCAGCGGGACUUGCAUCGCUCCCAAGAUUCCCGAGCUGCUGACGUCAGCUGGCAGCCUGGGCUGUACUCGCCGCACUGGACAUAGAGCCGAGAAAAUGCUGCUCUCCGUACCGCCAAGGGCAGAUAUCAAUCCAUACAUCGGCUAUAACAGCAGAAACAGCAAAAAGCAGUUAUAUGUGUCCUCCAGCCACCAGAUGGCACCCCCCAGUCCCAACACCAACAGCAGCAGCAACAGCAGUGUCGGGGGAGUGGAACAGCUGAGUAAAACUAACCUGUACAUCCGCGGUCUUCACCCCGGGACUACAGACCAGGACCUGGUCAAGCUAUGCCAACCGUAUGGGAAGAUUGUUUCCACCAAGGCCAUCCUGGACAAAACCACCAACAAGUGCAAAGGCUAUGGCUUUGUGGACUUUGACAGUCCGACAGCGGCCCAGAAAGCAGUGACCGCCCUGAAGUCCAGUGGUGCCCAGGCUCAGAUGGCCAAGCAACAGGAGCAGGACCCCACCAACCUGUACAUCUCCAACCUGCCUGUGUCCAUGGACGAGCAGGAGCUGGAGAGCAUGCUAAAGUCCUUCGGCCAAGUCAUCUCCACACGCAUCCUCCGCGAUGCCAACGGGAUCAGCCGUGGCGUUGGCUUCGCCAGGAUGGAGUCCACAGAGAAGUGUGAAGCCAUUAUUCAACAUUUUAAUGGGAAAUUCAUUAAGACUCCACCAGGAGUUCCAGUGCCCCCUGAACCAUUAUUGUGCAAGUUUGCAGACGGGGGACAGAAAAAGAGGCAGAACCAGGGGAAGUACCUUCAGAAUGGCAGGCCCUGGGCCAGGGAUGGAGAGAUGGGAGGGAUGACGCUAGCAUAUGACCCCACAGCCUUACAGAAUGGGUUCUAUUCGUCACCCUACGGUCUGACCCCAAACCGGAUGAUCGCCCAGACGUCCCUCUCUCCCUACAUGCAUUCACCCAUCUCAUCCUUCCAGCUACAUAGUCCCUCCUGGAUGCACCACCAGUCGUACCUCAUGCAGCCUGCAGGCACAGUCCUGACUCCGACCAUGGACCAUGCCAUGUCCAUCCAGCCCACCUCCAUGAUGGGCACCAUGACCCAGCAGCUCAGCCACCUAUCCCUGGGCAGCACGGGCACGUUUAUGCCUGCCAACACAACUAUGCAGGGGACAUACAUCCCCCAGUACCAACCAGUGCCUCCCUCCAGUGUCCCUGUAGAGGAGAACGGAGGACAACAGCAACAGGUUGCUAUGGAGACACCUGCAGAACACACAAACUACUCAUACCAGCACACCAAGUGAAGCUAAGCUUGUGGUCAGAAGGCCAUGUUGCAGACUGAACCCCAGAGAGUUACUUCGCUACAGGAGGAUAGCAGAGCUCCGCACAACACCACCAAGCCUCGGACUUGAACACGGAUGACAAAAGCAACACGUGUGUGCUUUGAAAAAGAAGACACCGCUUAUUUCGUUGGGACUUUUCCUCUCUCUUAUUCAAGGGUCGAUCAACCAAAGGUGGGAGCCUUCUGCAAUGGAAGCUUUGAUCUCUUUUAAUAACUGAAAAAAGAAAAUAAACAAAAAUGUUGAACAAAGAAACAAAUUAGGAAAGGGAUAAAGACAGAGCGUUAUUUUUGUGCAUGUAAUAUAGCAAAUUUGUAUUUUUAAAAAGCAUUCUGGAGUUUCAGAGUGAUACAAGGAAAAGAGUAGCAACACAAAUGUGUCUUUCAUUUUUGGGUAAAAUAUGCAAAAAUGUAGUUUAAUUGUUUUAUGUCUGUUUUUUGACAUUCUAUUCACAGCAGUUGGACAAUGUUUUGUACAGAUUUUAAAAAGUAAAAAAACACAUUUAGUUGGUAUAAUAUUUCUAGUGUAGGCUACUUUUAAGAAUGGAAAAUGCAAAACACACCGUUUAAAGCUACUUCUCCCUUAAACUGAUCCAGUAAGGCUAAGUUCAGUUAACUCACUGGCAGAUGGUAACAUGAAUUAUUUAUAAAUUAUUUAAAAUAAUGUCAAACUUAAACCUUAUAAAACAUUCCCUUCAUAAACAUUCAGAAUGUGUUAUGAGCAGAGGACAAUCAUGAUCAUUCUUAUUUAUAUGUACAUUAUAGUUCUAUUUUUUGAUAUUUGGAAAUAUUCAAACAUGUCACUUGCGUAUUGUGUAGAUUUUAUUUAAUUAAAUUCUUUAUUUAACAAGUCCGGUAAAAGCCAAACACUGGCAAUAAACAUAUUAUCACUUGUAAAAUAAUUAAUAGGAGCUUAAAGAUAUAAAAAAUAAAAAUCUGAUAUUAUUGUAAACUUUGUUAUGAGAAGAAAAUUAACUAUUGUUUUUUUGGUUAUAAUGCAAUACGACACAUCCAAAUUUCACCUUCUAUUUAAAAAAAACUUGAGACAAAUUGGAUUGUCUGAAAGUUGCAAUAUUAUUUUCAAUAUUGAAUAAAUUAUUACCAUUACUAUACUAUACAAUAACAAGAUCAUCUCUCUAUAUUCAAAGGAAAAAUAAAACAGUACAUAAAAUGCAAACUCUUUUGACAUUAUUACCAACAUUUAUUCACUGCAAUUAUGCUUGAAUUCACAGAUAAUAUAAUAAAUAUUCUACAAAAUAGUUGACUUGGUUUGUGUGUUGGGUGCUAGAGUUCAUGUCACAACAGUGUCCAUAAGAAGUGGUUUUAAGCGGUUUUGUUCUGGUACCUGUUCAGAUGUCCAUAGUAAAUUUGACCUUUUGUACAAAGUAGACAGACAAAUAAUUGGACAUGCCUUAGAAUUGAGCAGUUGGAUUAGUAUGAAAUAUGUGUACAAAAGAGUGCAAUUUUUUUUUUAUUAACAAGCAAAACAAUGAGGGGAGUUAAAAGUAGGUCUAAAAAGAGUCCUUAAUAACAGUCCUUUGUUGUUGAGAAAGGGAGCUGCAAGUCUUUAUCAAUGCUGCUGUUGUCUCCUGAGUUUUAAUUCCUGACAAUGAUUUGUAUUUUAGAAUUUUUGUAGAAAAAAGUAAAGUAUGUUUUCUCUUUUUGGGCUUUCACUUGAACCCUUCUGAGCUAUCAUACGUUUUGUUGUUGUUCUAAAACAUAUUUUUUAUUAAUUUCUUUACAGUAAUCUAGAUUUUAUAAGUAGGGAAAGAUCUUUCCAAGAGUUUAGAUGUAAGCUUUUUUUCUUUUGUAAGAGAUUCGUAGUAUUUUUUUAUUGUGUUCGUGCAUGUCCACAUGGUCCAUACAAACAAAGAGAUGAUUUUGUGUUUCUUCAAGAUGAUUUCUGUUCCAGAGCACUGUGUUGUUCACUAUGAUAGAGUUUUUCAGGCCCGUGUGAAAUAGUUUUUAACUAAAACGCGUCCACAUCUAUCCUAAAGACACUAAAUGAAACUCAAUGACAACCAUGCCACCUUGCCCACCUUCCCAGAUCAGUCCAGUGGAGAUGUACAUGUCUAGUGUAAACACAUUCUAUUGUAUCUGUCAGAGAAAAUGAUGAUGCUACCCAGAAAACACAUAACAUAAAAUGAAAGUGCCGUUAAAAACAAACUGUUCCACAGAAGUUAACUUAACAUUGGAUGAAUUCAUUCUAGUUUCAACAAAGACAAACAUUUGUGAAAUUGGUGGGUUUUGUUAGGAAUUCUGACCAAUGUUUCUAAGCCUUAACUGUAACCUGUUUCUCCUCAUUGAUGGCAAUUCCUUUCAAUCAUGGUUGAGGGUAUGGCCAAGAAAAGAUCAUACAGAUGCCAUCAAUAUCAGAUGUUAUGUUGCCAUAAUAUUAUAAAGGGCUGAGUUUACCAUACCUUGUUAAAACCUAGUGUUACCCUAGUAAACAUCCCCCCAUCACACUUGAUGUCGGGUUUUCGUCAUUGUUCAGGAUGGAUGACAUCAAAGUUACUGUUUCUUCUUCAUUGUGCAUCUCUGAACCUCUCUCCGCCUUCCAAAUGUUUUUUUUAUGAUUAUUUAUGUCUGCAACACCAAAGAUGAUGAAGCCAUCCAACUGUCAGGAAAGCUGUCUGUCAGACUUUCUAUCUUGGAGACAAAUGCUGCUCUCAUCUCUAUUGGCGUACGUAGCUAGAAUGAUGCUGUAGUAACAUCCUCUCAGUGGCAGUACCCUGGUAGAUGGUAAACAAGCAAUAUGUUUCAUUUAAGUUCUGAAUGUGUUGAGUGUUGAAUAGAGAUUCAUAGAUAUGUGUGCUUCGUUUUAUCGACAUAUGCUCGUUUCAGUUUGGUACACCCAAAGAAAGACCAGUAUAUGGUGUCUUUAAUACAGAGAACAGGGGCAGGGGCCUACUUUGCUUGUUUAGUGUCAAUGAUGAGAGCUCAGCAUGUAUCUCUUUCUGUAAGUACUAGGACUAUUUUAUGUGCUCUUUUUGGUUGAGCUGUUGUCAAAACCAUAGUUAUUUCCUGUUUCCACUUCUGUUGAGUGUUUUGUGUGUCUUGUGAUCUGUCCAGAAAAUACAAAGCGAUCACUUGCAGGUUUUAAGCUACAGUGCACCUCACGAAGGAACAUUUGAGAAUGUUGUGAGAAUGUAGUACUAGUCAGGUAAUCCAUUAUGUCAUUAUGAUGAAUGCUGUUAAAGUAAUCCAAAAUAUAUAUUUGUUAGUCAUCUUCAGUCCUAAAAACAGUCUAAUGUCAAGAUGACUCUAUCUGUUCUGUAGAUCCAAAUAUAGAUUUUGGAGUGAACGAUCACUUUAAGUUACACUCUCCACAAUUAACUGUAAAUCAUUGUCUGAGCGAGCACGCUUUAGGCUAUUGUAUUUUCCUUGCUGCGUAUCUUUGACAGGUAUUUUAUAAUACUACGGAAAAAUACUAAAACAGGAUGUGCAACAAAUGUUGAACUUGCACUUAUUUUCAAUCCAUGUUUAUGUACAUGAAAACCCUAAUACCUAGCAUUCUCCUGUCUUCGCUUGUUGUCCAGAUCAUGUAGCUUCAAUGGCUAAUGUCAUAGUUUCAAAAUGUUUUGCUGCUAAAAUGGGAUGUCCAAGCAGUGGAUAGAUGGGUGUAACGGUCCUGACCUGUUUUAUGUUGUUUUUGUAUGUGUUUAGGUCAGGGCAUGUGUUUUGGGUGGGCAGUCUAUGUUAUCUGUUUCUAUGUUGGUUGUGGUUGCCUGGUAUGGCUCUUAAUUAGAGGCAGGUGUUUUGCGUUCUCCUCUAAUUAAGAGUCAUAUUUAGGUAGGGUGUUCUCACUGUUUGUUUGUGGGUGAUUGUCUCCUGUGUCGUCGUAUGUAUGUACCAUACGGGACUGUUUGGCUGUUCGUUUAUUUUGAUGUCGUCUGUUUCCUGUCCGUGAGUUUACGUUUAGUUAUGUAAGUUUAUGUUCAGGUUUCGUCAACGUCGUUUUCUUGUUUUGUAUUUUUGAAAGUGUUUUGUUUUUUCGUGUUGCCAUCAUAGUUUUUUCAAAUAAAGAGAUGGCCUAUUUCCCUACUGCUGCAUUUUGGUCUGAUGAUCCUUCUCUCCUCUCCUCGUCCGAGGAUGAGGAGAGAGACAGCCCUUACAGAAUCACCCACCACGCUAGGACCAAGCGGCAAGGGAAAGCUCGACAGGGCAACAAGGACUCCUGGACUUGGGACGAAAUAUUGGACGGGAGAGGUCCAUGGGCACAACCGGGAGAAUAUCGCCGUCCCAAAACUGAGCUGGAGGCACUGAGGAGAGUAGAGGCUACCGGAGAGAGGAACCGGAGUUAUGAGGGAACGCGUCUGGCACGGAAGCCCAAUAAGCCCCCCGGUGUCACCAGUGCCGGUACCUCGCAUCAGGUAUAGAGUGGGCUUUGAGAGUACAGUGUGCCCUGUCCCUGCUCCCCGCACUAGUAGGAAGGUGCUUAUCCUUAGCCCGGUGCCUCCAGUUCCGGCACCACGCACCAGGUCUACAGUGCGCCGUAUCCGGCCAGAGCCAUCCGUCUCCCCAGCGCCAUCUGAGCCAUCCGUCUCCCCAGCGCCAUCUGAGCCAUCCGUCUCCCCAGCGCCAUCUGAGCCAUCCGUCUCCCCAGCGCCAUCUGAGCCAUCCGUCUCCCCAGCGCCGUCUGAGCCAUCCGUCUCCCCAGCCUCGUCUGAGCCAUCCGUCUCCCCAGCGCCGUCUGAGCCAUCCGUCUCCCCAGCGCCGUCUGAGCCAUCCGUCUGCCAUGAGCCUGCAAAGCCGCCCGUCUGCCAUGAGCCUGCAAAGCCGCCCGUCUGCCAUGAGCCUGCAAAGCCGCCCGCCAGACAGGAGCCGCUAGAGCCGCCCGCCAGACAGGAGCCGCUAGAGCCGCCCGCCAGACAGGAGCCGCUAGAGCCGCCCGCCAGACAGGAUCUGCCAGAGCCGCCAACCAGACAGGAUCUGCCAGAGCCGCCAACCAGACAGGAUCUGCCAGAGCCGCCAACCAGACAGGAUCUGCCAGAGCCGCCAACCAGACAGGAUCUGCCAGAGCCGCCAACCAGACAGGAUCUGCCAGAGCCGCCAGCGAGCCAUGAGCAGCCAGAGCCGCCAGCGAGCCAUGAGCGUCGAGAGCCGUCAGCCCGCCAUGAGCGUCGAGAGCCGUCAGCCCGCCAUGAGCGUCGAGAGCCGUCAGCCCGCCAUGAGCGUCGAGAGCCGUCAGCCCGCCAUGAGCGUCGAGAGCCGUCAGCCCGCCAUGAGCGUCGACAGCCGUCAGCCCGCCAUGAGCGUCGAGAGCCGUCAGCCCGCCAUGAGCGUCGAGAGCCGUCAGCCUGCCAUGAGCGUCCAGAGCCGUUCAGUCAGGAUCUGCCAGAGUCCCUCAGCCGGGACCUGCCCCUUGUCCCGGUGCUGCCCCUUGUCCCGGUGCUGCCCCUUGUCCCGGUGCUGCCCCUUGUCCCGGUGCUGCCCCUUGUCCCGGUGCUGCCCCUUGUCCCGGUGCUGCCCCUUGUCCCGGUGCUGCCCCUUGUCCCGGUGCUGCCCCUUGUCCCGGUGCUGCCCCUUGUCCCGGUGCUGGCCGUUCAUUUAGGGGAUGUUAGUUUUAGGGUGGUCAUUGGGAGGGGAAGACAGAAGCGGGGAGUGACUAUGGUGGUGUGGGGACAGCGUCCAGAGCCGGAGCCACCACCGUGGUCAACUGCCCACCCAGACCCUCCCCUGGACUUUGUGCUGGUGCGCCCGGCGUUCGCACCUUGAGGGGGGGGUUCUGUAACGGUCCUGACCUGUUUUAUGUUGUUUUUGUAUGUGUUUAGGUCAGGGCAUGUGUUUUGGGUGGGCAGUCUAUGUUAUCUGUUUCUAUGUUGGUUGUGGUUGCCUGGUAUGGCUCUUAAUUAGAGGCAGGUGUUUUGCGUUCUCCUCUAAUUAAGAGUCAUAUUUAGGUAGGGUGUUCUCACUGUUUGUUUGUGGGUGAUUGUCUCCUGUGUCGUCGUAUGUAUGUACCAUACGGGACUGUUUGGCUGUUCGUUUAUUUUGAUGUCGUCUGUUUCCUGUCCGUGAGUUUACGUUUAGUUAUGUAAGUUUAUGUUCAGGUUUCGUCAACGUCGUUUUCUUGUUUUGUAUUUUUGAAAGUGUUUUGUUUUUUCGUGUUGCCAUCAUAGUUUUUUCAAAUAAAGAGAUGGCCUAUUUCCCUACUGCUGCAUUUUGGUCUGAUGAUCCUUCUCUCCUCUCCUCGUCCGAGGAUGAGGAGAGAGACAGCCCUUACAAUGGGAGCCAAAUUGGAUGUUCAAAAAUGUCUUACUUAAACCUAGUAAAUUGGAUUCAAGUAUAGUUAACAUGAACACAUUUUUCAUUAUAUUUUAGACACAUUUUGUGAAUGUUGUACUCAGAGAUAACACGCUAUUUGAUAGUUGUUUUGGAAUCUCUUUGGUAAUUCACCAACUUUGUGUGAGAAAUCUGACAUUUUGUACAUACUGCCUCAUCUCUCUCACUGCUUGUAAACAUUUUCCUUAUUUAUACUAGAACACAUUUUGUACAGUUUGUUAGAGGAGAAAGGUUUUGUUAUUUGGUUAGUUUGCUAGUAAGCUGGUUAGUCACUUGGCUACUUCGUCUUCCUGUGACAGAGAUGCUCAAGUAACUCUUGUUUUUUAUUAAUUGGAAAUAUAUGUUUUGUUUCCUUUCUUUCUUGGUUUUACUCUUUGAAUUUGAACAUGUCAAUUUUCUUUUUUAAUACAAAAAUCAUGUUUUUAAUGGUUGUAUUCCAAAACAGUUCCAAGAAUACAAUGGGGGAAAAAGACACAAGUCAAUUACAUAAGUACCAAGUUUAUUUUAGUGUUGAGCAAAUUGUAUUAUGUUUGUUCAAAAUAAAUGUUUCAUGUGGUAAGCAAAGUGUUUGAUACCCAUGAAAAAGGUGCAAGCUCCUUUCUCUUUAGGUUAUCAUAGUAAUACCCAAACAUAAUUGUAUUGACCAAGCCUUGACAUUGUAAUAAUGCUACUGCAUUCAAAAUGCCAUACAUUGACCUCUCAGUUAAGUCACAAUAGAACUUGUAACUGAUAAAACAAUAUUCUGAUCUAAUAUGAUCGUUCAUUACACUUCUUCCCUUUUGAUUUAAAGUGAUUCUGUAUGUAUCUGGGUAUGUAUAUGUGUAGCUAAAAGCUACUCCUACAAGAUACAGAGCCUUCACGUCCAUAUAGAAACCACUCUAACCACAUUGUAGUCUCAAACUUUAUCUUGCCAUACCUGGAACCUUAGGAAUAUAUAUAUAGCAUCAUCUAUAAAGAUUGACAAAAUAACUGACAAUAAAAUAAACUCUAGCGAACAUAUAUGAAGAUACUCUGUCGUAUCAAAACUACAAUUAUGAAAAUUAAACUCAACCCUGCUGAGUUCCAAAGACUUCCUGAAUCCACAUGAUACAUGUAGUUUAGGAAAACAAGAAAGAGAUAUAUUUACAGAAAGAUUGCAUGCUUUGAAAGAGACCGUGUCAGUGGUAACUUGUUUUAUUUUCUUUGGGCUGAGUUGACGACAGACAAGAACUGUAAAUCUGUUUUCCUGAAGACUAGAGAGAUCAAUACGCUAAAACAACCACUAUACGGGUGUCGGCUAGUGCGGAUCGGAGAUCAUCAAACCCCUAGGGGGCCAGAACAUAAUUACAAAGCAUUUGUAGACUGCAAAUUGAAUGCAAGAAGCCCAAACAGCUAUAUUUGACUAAACAUAAUCAUUUCAAACCUUGCUUCAGUAAGAUUUGUAUAUUAUCACAUAUACAUUGAGUGUACAAAACAUUAAGGACACCUGUACUUUCCCUGACAAAGACUGACCAGGUGAAUCCAGGUGAAAGCUAUGAUCUCUUAUUGAUAUCACUUGUUAAAUCCACUUCAAUCAGUGUCGAUGAAGGGGAGGAGAUGGGUUAAAGAAGGAUUUUUUUGCCUUGAGACAAUUGAGGCAUUGAUUGUGUAUGUGUGCCAUUCAGAGAGUGAAUGGGAAAGACAAAAAAUGUAAGUGCCUUUGAACGGGGUAUGGUAGCAGGUGCCAGGCACACCGGUUUGUGUCAAGAACUGCAACGCUGCUGGGUUUUUUACACUCAACAGUUUCCUGUGUGUAUCAAGAAUGGUCCACCACCCAAAGGACAUCCAGCCAACUUGACACAACUGUGGGAAGCAUUGGAGUCAGCAUGGGCCAGCAUCCUUUUUGGAAUGGUUUUGACACCUUGUUGAGUCAAUGCCCUGACAAAUCGAGGCUGUUCUGAAGGUGUUGUUAAUGUUUGGUAUACUCAGUGUAUCGCUCUAUUAUGUGUGGGAAUACUUUGGAAAAGUUUUCCAAAAUUAAAAUGUUGGUGUUUUUACAGCCUAUGUCAAAAAAGAAAUGAAAAAGAACAUUUGCUCAGUAAACUUGGGGGGCCAAAUACAAUCCCCAGCGGACCAUCAGUUUGGGAACCCUGCCCUAGUCAGUAUUAGCCGAGGGCUCUAUUCAAUCGCUCUAUUCAAUCCGUAUUGCGGAAGUUCAGCUUUGGCGUAGACUGCAUUCACAAUAAAUGUUGCAUAUGUCAGCUCAAUCGAAAAUUACUUAAACAUUUAUAUUGCACAAUCUGUUACGCUUCAGCGAUACAGAUUGAAAAGAGCGCCUUAAUGCUGUUUAUCUUUAUUUGAUUUCGUAAACAAAAUGAGAACCUAGAACCGAAUCUUGUGUGCUCGCUCCCCAGCUACUCAAUUUAAUGGUAAACAGUCUGUCACGACAUGAGACUCUUUUAUUGAUCACAGAAGAGCCAGGGUCGUUUGAGAAGAAGACGGAAAUGAAAUAAGCUCUUAAGUUCUAAGGUUGAGGGAGAUUGGGCUGAGUGUAGAUGAGAAACAGACAGAUUGAGCGACAGACGGGUAGACAAAUAGAUAGAAGAAUUAGUCGCGGCUCCCUCCAAAACACGAAAGUAGGAAGCUGAACAGGUAUAUAAUGUCCAGGUAGAGGUUCAGGGUGGCAAAGACGUACUCCUCUGGACUCAUAGUGUAGCGCUUGUUGCCUAUCAGCAGCUGGGUGUCAAACGCAAGGAACUAAGAGAAAGAGAGAGACAGUGAGGGAGAAAGAGAGAGAGAGCGAUGGAGGACACAGUGAGAGAGAGAGAGAGAGAGAGAGAGAGAAAAGGGUUUUAUUGUCACAUACACCAUUUUGCUACAGACUGUAACCCAAUGAUUAGGGCCAGGAGUUUGUCCUGACCACGUAACCUUGACCAGAAAAAACUCUUGGCCCCACCAAUGAUGAAUGUGUGUUGAAUAUUUGCCACUCACCAGAGUGAAGAGGAUAGCUCCUAUCACAGCGUAGAUGGCUUGUAACCAGGGAACCUGGGGGGGUAAGAAUGUUAUCGAACAGCGCUAAGAAGAUACAGGCCACUAAUUUAGGAAAGACACUGGGGCUCUUCCAGAUCAUCUAUGAGAUUAAGUGAAAACCCUUCAGCUAAUCCUUCUUAUUCAUGCUAGUAUGCUACCCACCCAAAUAGGGUGAGCGAGGGCCAAAAGCCUUACCGUCACUCUAUAUAUAAACUCACUGUCAGAGUCACAACUAUUCUUAUUGCGGUCUGGAAAGGUAUGCACAGCCAUUACACCAUCAAGAUCUAGUUCUGCUUAUGUACAGUGUCAACUCUAAUGGAAGCUGAUGGAAGCUAAGCAGACAAGACAGGCUACUUACAUAUCCAAAAGGGAUGACGAUGGAGAGUAUGAUGCAACAGUACAGCAUGACCAUGGUCAGGACAAACAGGACUCCCUGGUAAGAGGUGAAGUCAAUCUACAGUAGGAAACAAGGGAGAAGGAAUAAUGGUGUGUUGUUCAAAUGCACUCAUGAUCAAUCAAUUGGAUUGUGCCAUGGUUUAAUUUCUUCAAAAGAAAACAAUGUUAUGAAGAUGGGGUCAUUUUUGUCACCUUGGUCUGGAAGCUGAAGAUGGUGACAGACAUACACACCACAGCAGUGAUGCCCAGACACAGGACCACAGACUUGGUGUUGUAGAAGCUGGAGAGAGAGAGUAGAGAGACACAUUGAUUCAUCCAUCAAUUAGUUCUAAAGAAAUAAAGCAAUAACACUUGCUUGUCUUUUCCUACUUGCACUGACUUUGCUGAUAACUACUUUCACGAGGAAAAAUGUAACUACUAUGACUGUGAUCUGUGGUUGUCUCACCUAGAUGUAGCUAUCUAUAGAUGAAUGCACUAACUAAGUUAGUCUGGAUAAAAGUUUCUGCUAAAUGACUAAAAUGUCAAAUGUAGUCAUCCUACCCAUCCAUGUAGAUGUUGAUAGAUGUGUUAAUUCAUUCUUAUCUUCAUACAUAAUUUAUUUCAACAUAUGUUUCUAAUUGGGCCAGGAGUUUGACCAGUUCAUGUGACCUGGCCAGGAAAAACUCCUAGCCCCACCUAUGUCAACAUCUGAGUCCCCCAACCAACUCUACCCACACAUGAAACACAUGAGUUAGUCAUUUACCUGGACACAAAGCCCAUCAUGCAGGCCAGGCUGAGAGUCUGAGAGCAGGAGAGAGGAAGGCAUGCAAACAGAACCGAGAUAGGUAGAGAGCAAUGAGUCAAUGAGGUACACAGACAGACGGACGGGCAGGGAGAGUAUUGGGUACAUGCUAUUCUCUUAAAUUGCUCUAAUAUUUAUUCCUCACUAUACUCACAAAGAGAGACAGCAGAAUGAGGUUCCAGGGAAACUGCCUCCUGUUAGAGAGAUAAAGAGAAUUCAGGUUGGUAAAUUCACUCUAUAAUAUUGCAUGUUAUCAUUCUACCAUCAUUGUAUGACUACCAUUUACUAUGGAUGAUCACAACCAUAAUCUAUGAAGGAUGUUAGAAAUACCGUAUUAUCGUGUUAUAUCUGCUUAAUACCUGUGUAAAGUGUUGGUGUUCAUGCAUAUUAAAACUACAUUUAACUAUUUGAUUUAA